UCUCGGCUCUCAGUCGUGCGCGACGCGCCAUAUGCGCCGGUGGUCCAUUUGUCAACUCGCUCUCUCCUGUUCCGGCAAUAAUCGCGCACGUGUUACCUAUACCACUGUGAUUUUUUCUCGCUGGAAAAAAGUUCGGUGUGUCGCGUGUGCCUCCCCCCUCGGCGACAGUCUGUUCAGAGAGGCCAGAAGAGUAUUCCAGUCGGUCGCGAGCCGAGCUUGCAAGCGCACGUGCUGAUGCGUAGGACACACGGGGCGAAAGUGUAAAGACGCGCGAGCGCGAUAUGAUUAUUUAUAGAAAUUGUCAUAAGCCCCAGAGUUUCCGGGAUUAUUACGAGCGAAGGAGGUGAAUCGUAUCCAGCGCUAUCGCCGCACGUACGCGUUGCAGUGAAAUGGAUGAGACGAAGGGAGGAACGAGCGGGAGAGUCGAGAGGAGGUGGUGAACGCGACUUCUUUUGCCUGUCACGCAGUCGGCGCCGCCGCGCGCACGAGGUGUUAUCUGGCCAGGUGAUAAGCACCCUCCGCGACGUACAGUCCUCGUCAGCCUUCUCUCCCUCUUUCUGUGCAGCAGCGACGCGUGUCUCGUGCCUGGUGUAUAGCCCCGGGCGAGCGCGAGAAAUAUGAGAGAGACGUGAGAGAAGAGGCAACUGGACUGCGCGAGCUUCGGGCUCGUUUGGAAUAACAAAGAUGAGAUGGCUUGGCCGAUGCUACAGCUGCUGGCCAAGGAGCUUCCUCGUCCUCGCGCUGCUGCUGCUCGGCCUCCUCGACCUCGCUAAUCUCGCCGAGGCCUUCGUCGAGACCAAAGGAUGCAACCGGACGGUGAGGAACUCGGUCGGCUGGAUCCGAUGGACCGGCCGAAUGGGCAGGUGUGUCAUCCGAAUAAGGGCGCCCAUAAAGGACCCUCAGGUGAUCGAGAUGAGGAUCAGGCGGAUGCAGGUCGGCGUGCUGAAAAACGCGCGCUGCGAGGGCGCCUACGUGCAGUUCCCCGAGGAGCUCGAGGACCUCGACGAGAGCGCCGGUCGUUACUGCGGACAUGUGACUGGCAACGCGACAAGGCUCUUCCUGCGCCGAGGUCCUGACCUCACGGUGGUGCUCGACUCCGAGAGCCGCUUCGCCGCGGAGAACCCGGUGAUCUUCUCGGCCCAAUUCUCGAUACUGCCCGCGAGACUGGCCAACGAGCGGCACCACGUGCACCAACAGCCGGUGGCCUCUCUGCCCGCGACGCUGACCGGCGAGUGCCCUCUCGAGUGCACCCAGCGCAACGACAGACGCACCUGCAGGCUCGUCUCGCCGGGGUAUCCCGGUGUUUACCCUAGAGGCAUUCGCUGUCGCAUCGCCCUCGAGUCCAGCGCCGGAAGGUUCAAGAUCGGAGGAACCUCAGAGGACCUGUACAACCUCAUGAACCACACGAGCCAGGAGCCUUGCAGAUCGGAGUUCUGCGAGCAGGAGCACGUGGAUGGCGGGGCGAUGCUGCCCAGUGCCGAUCAGCCCGAGGAGCAGCGAACCAUGCCGAGGACGCAGACCGAUCGGGACGAGGAGGACGAGAUAAUAAUCGGACAGAAUCAGCCGGAGCCAGAGAGUCCGCGGACGAGGCUUAGGAAGCAGCGAAGACGAUCGAGGGGUCAGCAUCAUCGCUCUAGGGAGGGUGCGGAUAGCGAUAAGUCGAGGAGCAAGCAGCCGAGCCCAGCCCUCGAGACGAAUCGUUCGGAGCACACGAGGAUGAGACACAGGGGUGGCGCUCGUGGCUCGCAUCAUCGAGAAAAAAGCGGCAGCGAUUACGAGAGGAUUCAGCUGUCGGUUGACGAGACAUCGCUGGAAGCGGACCGCGAGCCCGGGCGCUCGAUCAACGAGCUGACCAAGCCCAGGAGGAACCCCAAGACCGAUCAGUUGUUCUGGUCGAAAAACAGGUCGUACCCGUCGGAACGCUCGAGCCAAUCGCAAGACGGCCAUCACCACAACAGCCACCACAACCAGCGCUACCUGCGUCGACGACGACCGCACGAUAUUUCGCAGCCCAAGCUAGGUAGCAGCAGCUGCGUGGGCGACUACCUGGCGUUGCUCGAGAGCGUGAACGGUCGAGUACUCGAGAUCGGGAGGUUUUGCGGCGAAGGCCGGAUCCCGCAGAUCCUGUCCAGAGGUCGCAACGUCAUCGUGGAGUUUCACGCGGAGCGCGACGGCACGAUAAUGCACGACGGCUUCCAUCUGAGUCUCCAGGAAACCGAGGAACACCCCCCGAUGGCCACGGCUUUGGCAAGUCCAGCGGUAGGCUCCAGCGUGGACAGACAUCAGCCGAGCUGCGACUUUCUCUACAGGAGUAGCGAAAGAUCGAAAGACAUCGUCAAGAGUCCCCGAAGCUGGUACCCGCCGAACACUUUGUGCAGCUACAGGUUCACGGGGAAGCCGAACGAAAGGGUCUCCGUUCUGCUUAAGAUCGUGAGGGAGGAAAACCCCGAGGAGGACGGUCAGAAGCUAAACAGGAGAAACGACACGUCGGAUUACUGUCCCGGAAACGAGAUAGCUGUAUACAACGGCACGCACUCGAACGGCAGCUUUCUCAUGUGGUCGUUCUGCGAUGCUACGCAUAACGAUAUCAACAACAUACAGGUACCGAUAGUUUCCACCGGCAACGCUCUCCUUAUUCAGUUCUUCAGCGCAACCGGAUCCUACGACGGCCAAGACUUCAUGUACUCGAUAACCUACAAAUUCUUGAAGAAGCCCGCCAACACGACGAGACGCCGGCAGGUAUCCGUGGAGGAGACGCGCCUCAUCUCUCUCAGGCCGGUGAACUUCUCCGCACUGAAUCUCAGCGAUAGCGAUAGCUGCAAUUGCGACUUCGCCGACCGCAUCGGCAGUUUCAAGAGCUGGUUCAUCGUUCUAGUUGUGCUCGGAGUGAUAUCUUUCGUUGGGGCCAUUCUCACGAUAAUCGCUCUGCUCGUAAAGUGCGCGAAAAUGCGCGCUGCCGAGAACAAACUCCUUCAAACGCCCAAACGUUCGUCCUUCUUUAAGAGUUCGACCGAGUGAAUGCUAGACUACCCGAGUGAUCUUACUAUUAAUUGCGACAUUUUAGUUUGUACUUUAAUUUAUUGAAAGGUUCGAGAUUGUGAAGAAGCAUGCGAUUCAGUGUGAGUGUGCUAAGAGAGAUUAGAAAUUAUGAUUUGAAUACCGAUAUUUCAAUCUCAAACAUUUUUAAGUGAAAAUGAAAGGCUUGAUCAGUAGGCAGAUAGAAUCAAGAGAAGAUGACAAUUUUUGAAAGAGAUUGUUCUUGAUUUCCAUGUGUUUCUUAAUUAGACUUAUCAUAAAUUACCCACUAAAAAAUGAUUUGAGGAAUGAAGAUGUUGAAAUACCGGUAUUUUAAAACUUUGAUAAUGUUACCAAGAUUUUGCGUAAGUGAAGAGGUCGACAUUUUGUAAAUUUUAUAAUAAAUAAAAAUUAUUUUUUUUUUGUUUAAUAAAAAUAUUAAAGGAUAAGGAUUGUUAUAAAGAACAACUGAUGUGUAUAAUAAAUACCUUCUACUUGUAAGUAUAUAUAUAUAUAAUUAAUCAUUUUCGAAAUUUCUAUUUUUUAAAACUAAAAUAAAAUUUUUUUCAUACCUAAUUGGAAAAUGAUCGAAUAUUAGCAAAAUAUAUUCAUUUCUGUUAGACCUCUUUCAUCUAAUAAAACUGCGGCAUGUUGAGUAUUUAUAAAUAAGAGGCAUAUUUUUACUCCACGUUGAUUUUAUUAAACGAAUCGUGUCAUAUCAGCUCAUUAAGUUUGUAUAUGUAUAGUUGGAUCAUAUAAAUUUACAGCGAUAAGUACGACUUUAGCUUAUAAGACUUCUGUGAAAUAAUGAAUAGCUCUGCUACCGCAGUUAAGUGACAUGAACAAUUCAUAAAAUGUGGUCAAAGGCUCAUAGUUCAUGAGAUGAGCGCAUUGCCUGCGUUUAUUUUAUAAACCUAAAAUAAAGUAUUGUACUAUACCAAAGCUCAAAUAAAAUACUUUGGAAUGCA